CCCAUCGCGCCAGGAACGGCACCACUGCUUGUAAAUAUGCCGUCACGACGUGCAGCCUGCGAGGCCUGCAGGAGGGCCAAGCUAUCCUGCGAUAAUAAACGGCCGGCCUGUACUCGGUGCAAGAAGAGCAACCGAGCGGGCCUCUGCAUCUACCGUGCUUCUCCCUUCAAAAGGAGACCAGGGCCAAGCCCACCAUUGCCCAGAAGGCUACAGUCAGAGUAAGCUCGACCUGGAGCGACAGACUGUGCAGUCCCCAAUUAAUGGCCUGUAGUGAUCCAUCCCCAGGUCCUUCAACACUAUCAGGUCUGGCCCGACCCAAUCCGUACCCGAACCCGGGGUACCUGGGCUCAUCGAGCCAUACCACCAUCUUCGAUCACAUCUCGCAAGAUUGCACCUCAACUCCUGGGUUGCUUGAUACUACUGAUACGGGAAUGUCGUUGUUGCCAUAUCCUCCGAUAACUGAUGAGCAUGUCCUCCUCCAAGGGGCCAAUGCUCUGCGACUCCUCUUGGAUGAAUACCGAUUGACCGUCAUGAGAGACCUUGUUCAAUUCUGGCUUGCAAAAGGGACGAAUCUAGCCCUCGCAGAAUCAUUGGUAGAAGUAUGCAGCGAAAGCGUAGUCCAAUUCUUCACGUCGGUGUCCCAAGAUGAACACUGGCAUUUGGACUGUGCCAGGCUUCUGUUGCAUAAUUCCACGCAGCCAUUGAGAUUCCAUUCCGAUACCCGCUUCUCGGAGUGGGUGUCCCAAUUUUCGGACGCCAGAUUACGAUGGGAGACCCUUGGGAUCUUCUUCCUUGCUGUCAGUCGGGCCACCAUCGAUGUCGCUGCCUUCCCGCAGCUUUAUGUGACUCGCGAGGCAAAUUGUGCUUUGCGCAAGCUUUGUACCAAGCUAAGCGACCAUGCCUUGGAGAUUGUAUUGUCUCUGGACUGCCUGAAUGAUCUCCAACUGGUUCUGCAAUACGAAAAUUUUAUCAUGCACUCUUUCGUGGAUGGCGACCACAGUUAUCAUGCCUGGCGCAGGAUUGCAGAUGUCAUUUCGUCCAUCUUUGCCUUGGGGUAUCAUGACGACAUUGAUGCGAAGCCCGACACCCCUGAUUUCCUCACACAGUUACGGAAAACCGCAUUUGCCCGGGUAUAUUCCGCGGACAAGAAUGUCGCGAUCUUUCUAGGCCGACCACCACGCAUGACGAAACGAUUCUCCACCUUCCAGAUCCCUGCUAGUUUUGCUGACCCAAGGGCGGACUGCUUCGCAUGGGACCCAGAUGGCAAAGCGAGCUACAGGGCAGAGACACGAUGGUCGGCGUUGUGCGCGUCGCUAAAAGAAGAGGUCCUGGAACUGGCUCGGGAUAAGAAUCAUGAGAUGAAUGCACAGCGUAUUGGUGCAAUUCAGAUCCAAGCCGAGACACAGUGGCAAGCCCUUCCGACUCAUUUCCAGCUAGAGGGCGGUCUUACCGAUCAUGACCAGGUUUCAUCCUUUGAGAGAGACUUCCUGAUUAGUGUCCGACUCAACCAUCUUCAUGUCCUAUUUCUGCUUCGCCCCCUGAUGCUCAACACCCUUUCGGAACCGGACUCCUCGAUUAUCACAGUGGCCGGUGAAAUGCUGGCGCUGGUGGUCGAGGCGAUCGUCGUUCGAGAGCAAUUAACCAACUCCGGAACAAGUCUUACCUGGAAAAUCGUUCAUUAUGGUCUUCCCGCUGCUGGUAUGAUGCUACUCGCAAUGCUCAAACAAGGCAAUGCCUCAAUGCCAGCUGGACUGUCCAGAGCAAAGGUACUACAGGAUCUGAGCGUCUUCGUGGUGGAAAUCCAGAAAGGAACCAUCGUGAUGAGGGGAGAUCCAAUCUAUGUUUUGCUAUCAAAGGCAACCCGAACUAUCCAGAAGUUGCUGGAGUCAUUUCAUUCCGGAUCAACAGAGUAUGAGAUGAAAGGAGGUUGCGCCAAUGUAAAUAUAGGGGAUGACUGGGGAGUUACAUUGGGUCAAGAUCUAUGGGAUUUCGAUACCGGAUUCUGGGACAGCUUGGUAGACCAUGCCUCGCCUGCUAUCCUGGAUCACAGUUUGACAGCUUCGCAGGCCUAGGAACCUGAUGCAAACUCCCGCUUCACAACAUCUGCAAAAAUCUUCACCCCCUCUUCUAAAUCCUCUCUAGCAGCAGCAGCAAAGGUCAUACGGAAAUGUAGUGUUUUGAGGGGAGGUCUGUUGCAGCCAAACAAGGAGCCUGGUGUAGUUUGUACGCCCUCCAUGAGAGCCUGUGACCCAAUUCCGGUUUCAAUCUCUGCAAUAUGAGAGUGGGGGUCCUCCUGAACCAUCGACUUCUGGAAUCGGGGAUGCUU